GGUAGGGGAUGCAGUUUAACACAUUGCAUUCUGGUAAAACAAGCUUCUAUUGGCCAGCAAAGUAGAAUUCGUGUUGAGAGGCACGCCUACGUUACACUCUACUAAUACUGUAUCUAUCUGAAUGUUUUGUUAGUUGGAGCUCUGCCUAGUGGGAUUUUAGCGCAGUGCGCCUAAUGCGUGUGACAAUCUGAGCGCGGUCAUAAAAGAGCGACUGGGAGAAGAAACAUUGUCCAUUAGUAGCACGUCGACUCGUGAUACAGCUAUUAUCCCUAUUCGGCGAUCAUUCCGUUUUGAAAAUCUGAUUUUUUUUUUUUUGUUGUCAGUUUUUAUAAAUGGAGUCUGUAGACCUAAGCACGCAGAAGGGCUCUGGAGAAAAGAGUGGCAUGUCCGCAAAAAGGAGAGCUGAGCUUCGAAGAAGAAAACUGCUGGUGAAUUCGGAGGACAGAAUGAAGCGCAUCAUGGGGUUCAAUAAAACAAGCGACGCGGAUGUCAGUAAAGCAGACAUGACUUCCACAAUUUCCCUGGAGCCCGUGAGAGCCGAGCCGCUGUCGCUCCCCACUUCCACAAGAGUUCCUGUGUUCCCCAGCGAAGCAGAUCUGGGAGGAGACAGCAGUGUGGAGCUAAGGCACAGACCCUGGGGGGAGGGCCCCUCAGACGGGGCCCCUCGCUCCCCGCGCCGGGGGCUGCAGCAGUGCCUGUCCCGCUUUGACGAGGCCAUAAAGCUGCGCAGCCAGCUCGUCAGCGAUGAGCCCGGGCAGGAGGGCGGCUCAGGGGCCGAUGAGCUGGACGCCUUCCACGUGUUCCGACUGACGGGGAGUGUGCUGCUGGCACUCUCUGUCAGAGCCUUUGUGUGCAAGUAUCUGUCCAUAUUUGCUCCAUUUCUGACUCUUCAGUUGGCGUAUAUGGGCCUGUACAAAUAUUUUCCAAAGGGUGAGAAGAAGAUGAAAAGGACCGUGCUCACUGCUGCUCUGCUGUUGUCGGGCAUCCCUGCAGAAGUGAUUAGGCGCUCCAUGGAAACCUACAGCAGGAUGGGAGACGUGUUCACUGAUCUCAGCGUCUACUUCUUUACGUUCAUCCUCUGUCAUGAAGUCCUGGGCCUCCUGGGCUCAGAAAGUGCUUGAUCUGCCUCGUCUCUCCUGUGCAGCGCUGACCCACCCUUUGAGUGGUCUGCUCUACUCUAGGGUGUCACAGGGGUUCCUUUCACAGGAAGGACAGGCUUUCUAGUUGUGUGCUCAAUCCCAAUUCGUUCUGAACUCCCAUAGCAGCUGAUCCCUUCCUGCACAGACUUGUGUCCCGGAAGGCUGGACUAGUCAAUGUUACUCAGCUGUUUUGUUUUUGUUCAGGAAGUUGUCCUUUUUUAAUUGGUGAUGGUAUUGUUUUCAAUGGUCCAGUGUUUUCAUGUUUGAAUGAGUCUCUCUAGAAACUCAAAGGCAGGAUCGUCUGGCUUCACUUCACUUGUUUGUUAUUUGGAUUCAGUUUAUUCCUUGCAGAUUGAUAUGCCUGUGCACACAAGCCACAGUUUAGCAUUCUAGAGCAGUAGCGUGGCACUAGCAGAAGAAGAGAGGCGUGUUUACCUGAGUGAUGAUGGGGCAUCACUGGCUGUCCUGUCCCCCCCCACGCACACACAUGCGUUCCAUUAACACCGUUUAGUGUCAGGGCUAGACUGGGUUUGUUAGCUCUGACACAGACAAUAGGGAAGGUAGCAGGUGAAGAGUCAUUGGAUGCUAGUUCCAUUGUCAGACAGAGUGAUUGAUUUAUUGAGAGAAUGUAGAAUUCUUGCUGAGUUUGAAGAUACAGUGUAAGAUGAGGUUCAUGGAGAGUCCACUCUGUCCCAUUGCAUGUGGGCUGCACAUGCUUGCUGUUACGUUUCUCCAGCUGGGGGCGAUGUUGCUCCUCCAUGUCAGUCUAAAAGUUGCUCAGGAAAGCAGUUCAGUGUAGAGAGCUCUAGAUAUGUAAUCCUUUUAACCCUUACAGUGUAACUCCUUGUAUGGCUGGCAUGUAAUAGAAUUGUCCAAGCCUAAUGCUGACUGUAUAAUACAUAAUUUCAAUGUAAGUACACUGUAGGUAUUUCACUGUUGGGAAUAUUGUAAGCUUUUGAACAUUUCUGUGUUGUAGUCUGUGAAGUAUCUUUGUGUAUUUUUACCCCAGUUUGUAUCCAAUGAAUCCCUGUAAUAAAACCAACACUUAAAACCUU